CACCAACAAACGAAACAACAAGGAUGACGAUGAUGGUGGUGUUGUGGGUAACGGUUGCGAUCACGUUAGCCGCUGCGGGUGCUGGUGCUGGUGCAGGUGGUGUGGCGGGCAGCUCAUUUGCUGCUGGGAAGCAGCACCACCAGCAGUGGGCGAUGAUGGGCAUGCCUAAUGUGCCGCCCUCCUUUGUGGAGACGCGCAAGGCCUUGUUUGACUUCUGUGACGUCGAUCAUGAUGGCGUGCUCGUGGAGGACAGGGCAGGCCCACGCGAGAUCACCCGCAUGUUUGGGCUGCUGUGGGAGUUCCGGGACUCGUACCGCACUGCACGCUCGUUCCUGUCCCACCGCGAUGCUGACAACAAGCAACUCGACUUUGAGGCAUUCCUGAAGGAGUCCAUCACGACGCUCAACACUGUCGUCGAAAAGUUUGAGGAGAUGGUUGAGAAGACGGACGAUCCAACUGCAUGGUUCUAUCUUGGCAUGGGCAAGAACAGCCUGCACCAGUUCCAAGCCGCCAAGAAGGAUCUCCUCCACUUCCUCUCGCUGCAGCCACAGGCAAUGCCUCAAGUGCGGAAUCUCGCUGAAAGCCUGGAGCGCGACGCUCGGCCCAUCGAGGCCAUCAACAUGUUUGAGAGCAUCUUCGAUGCUGGAUACGCACGUCUUGCUCUGAAUCAACCGGAACCGCAAGAGUGGGCGCGCCUAUGCCGCCAAUGGCGCGAAGAGCACGCGAACACCACCCUACAGCAGGCGUGCAAAGUCCCGAGCUUGAAACAUGUUGCAUCCAAGUGGAUGGCGGAUCUGAAGGCAGCGCCGGAGGGAUGCGAACGCAUCGACGCCAGCACCCUCGAUCAGGCUGCUUUCAAAGAGCUGCUUGAGAAGGACGUGCCUGUGAUUCUCGUUGGGGCGCAGGAGGACUGGGCGCCAGCAGAGGACUGGACACCAGAGAACCUCAACACGACGCUUCACGGCUACCCCGUCGAUGUGCACCUGACCAAGGAUGGCUCGUUCUACACCACCGUGGAGCGCGAUGGAACCACGUGGGCUGUGCGCCCUGCCAGCACCUCCAUGUCCUUUGCGGACUUUCUCACCGUGAGCAUGAUGGAGGACACGAACGCGACAGCAUAUCUUGAGUACACAUCUGUUCACUCCACUCUGCCACCGCUCGUUGAUUUCAUCUCGCGACCAGAGUUCACCAAGGCUAUUCCACUCAGACACAUCAACUUCUGGGCAGGACCGGGCGCCACUAUCUCGUGUGUGCACUCGGACGCGCACGAGAACAUUCUGUUUCAGGUCGUCGGCGAAAAGGAGUUUGUGCUCUUCCCGCCAACAGACCACAAAUACCUGUAUUAUGACGAGAAGCCGGGCCUCUACCUCACGUAUCAGCACCCGGGCCAGUUCCAAUACAACGACGCAGCCGGCGAUCGCAGGUCCAACAUUGGCGGUGUCCAUCUGCAUGACGUGGAUGUGUCUGAGUUUCCGCUCAUCGCUGAGACCUCGCCCCGGCGCUGCCGCGUCAGGCAGGGCGAAGCCCUCUACGUCCCCUACACGUGGCACCACCAAGUGGAGUCCAUUCCCUCCAGCGACUGCGACCACUACCCGCUCCUCAACAUCGCCGUCAACCUGUGGUUUGCGCCACACGCCGAGGGCGGCAAGCAGGACAGGCAAUCGUUUAAUGGCGCCAAGGAGGAGGCGUGAGUACAUAAUACAGGCAUGCAAACGCAAGCAAGGCGUGCGCAAACUCAAACAAGUGAACGGGUG